AUGGCGUCCGCAGACACCCAGAGAGAGCAGGAGGCGCAGAAUAGGUUACCCACUGAAGAGGAGGAGGAGGACCAAGAAAGCGAUGACGAGGAAGAAGAGCCAAGACUUAAGUAUACGCGCUUGACCAGAAACCUCGGUGGCGUGUAUAGGAAUGGUGAUGCGGUCUCGGCCAGUGUGGUUUUUGGAGAGAGAAUGAUAACAGGCACGCAUAACGGAAAUAUUCAUAUCUUAACACUUCCAUCGCUCUCGACCCUCCGCGUCUACCACGCUCACUCCGCCUCCAUAACAAGUGUCUCGAUAUCCCCACCUCCUCCACCCCCCCUCCCACCCAACAUCCGCGCCCAGAUCCCACCAACACACGACCGGCACACACAUGUCGCAACAGCCUCCAUUGAUGGACUCGUAUGCAUUGUCCCGCUCCUCCCAGCUAACCCGGGCUCAAAUCCUACAACCACCCCCUACGCCAAAUCCGAAAUCAUCCUCAAGAACUUCAAGCGACCGAUCACUGCUGUGUCCCUCUCGCCCAACUUCCGCACAGAUCGGACUUUCCUCUCGGGCGGUCUCGCUGGGAACCUUAUCCUUAGCGUCGCGCCCCCGGCCGGCGGCGGCGGCGGGUGGAUGGGACUUGGCGGCGGUAGUGGAAAGGAUACGAUUCUGCACUCGGGAGAGGGCGCGAUCAGCGCAAUUGCGUGGAGCAAAGAGUCGCCGCGGUUUGUCGCGUGGGCCAAUGAGCGUGGUAUUAAGCUGAUGCGCUCACAUAUCAUCCCCCCGGAGAUCAAAAAGGAGGCGCCUGAAGAGGGGACAGCAACAGGGGCGGGCACAGGAGCCGCGGCCGCUGCGGCAGCCGGAUUAGGAGAUGUGGUUGGUAUAGCCAAUGGUCUGAUUACGGCUGGAUAUCCGGGUAUGACGAGCUGGAUUCCGGGUUUGGGAGUCACUGGGAAGCCUGUCGGCGAUGUGGCAUGGAAGCGUAUUUCGGCGAUUGAGCGCCCGGAAACUAUCCCGGAGGAUAUGGCUGCGGUUUAUAAACCCAGACUCGAAUGGAUUGAUCGCAGGAAUCUGGCUGAGGACGAUAUGGACGGACUAGGCACGCACAGCACGGCCGACGACGUUAGUCCUACAGCGGUCAAAGGAAAGCCUUCGCUAGGCAUUGACUGGGGCCAGAAAGAGAAGCUAGUCAUUGGUUGGGGAGGUACAAUCUGGGUUGUAGAUGUAUUUGCGGGCGAUAGCAACAGCGAGGAAGAAGAACGGAGCGCUGGAUGGGCAGAAAUUGUGCAUAUUUUACAAACCGAUUGUACAAUCUCCGGCCUUACUCUAUACACGCCCUCACUUCUCCUUCUUCUCGCACAUCUCACCUCCAACGCCUCUCCGCCCAGUACUCCUCCGUCAGAACCCUCUUCUGCUAAAAUCGGCCCUCACGCCCGCCGCGGCCGCUCCAACGCCCUGACCCCCGAGCUCCGUUUCAUAGACCUCAAUACUUCUGAAGAGCUCUCUGCCGAUGAGCUCAUGAUGAACCGAUUCGAAGGGCUCUCCGCCGGCGACUACCACCUUGGUGUUCUCCCCGCGACGCCUGCCCCACUCCUAACAGCCCCAACCGACGAAAAUAACGACUUCUCCGGUGCUAUAGCGCUCGCAGGCGGCCUCUGGAACGCGGGCGUAAACGCAACCCAGAUUCUCUCCAGCGCGACCAGUGUCCGCAGCUUCAGCACCAGUGUCUCUCGUCGGGAAAGCUUCAGCGCCUCCUCAUUCAUCGGUAUGGGUAUCGGGCGCGGACCCCCAGUGGCCGGGCGCGUAGUAAAGGUAGAGGAUAACGGUUGGGGCGAAGAAUUCCCCGGAAAAAAGAUCUAUAUCACAAGUCCCUACGAUGUGGUGUUUGCAACUGAGCGCAGCCUAAGAGACCAUUUGGGCUGGCUCCUUGAGAAAGAGAAAUAUCAAGACGCUUGGGAACUCGUAGACAGGAACCCAGACGUGAUCGCAUCGGAUAGCAGUGCCAUUAGCGAGUCCGGAGAGGACGAGGUCGUGCGCCGUGUGGUCUCCGAGGACGAUCCCAGCUACGACUCCGACUCAACCGUCAGCGGCGGGCGCGGGCAACGGCGCACGACGAACUACAGCGCCACGGAGAAGGAGAAGCGCCGUAUUGGAGAGUUGUGGCUACAGAAGCUGAUUAAUGCUGGCGAGUGGACGGCAUCAGCCGAGGUAUGCGGGAAGGUUUUGGGUUUAUCGGGACGUUGGGAGCACUGGGUAUGGGUGUUUGAGGCCGCGGGAAAUAUCACGGAGAUUACGCCGUAUAUACCAACUACGCCGCUGUCACCGCCGCUGCCAAGUGUCAUCUAUGAGAUUGUUCUCGCGCAUUAUCUCUCGCACGAUGUCACCAGGUUCCGGGAGUUGCUACUGGAGAACUGGAAGCCUGAAGGUACACGAACACUUUACGACCCUCGCACGAUCAUUGACGCCGUCACGCGCAAGCUCAAGAACCAUGAGGACUCCGUGCACUCCGGUGACGCCGAAUGGCGCGCCUUGCAAGAAUGCCUCGCAAAGCUCUACAUGACGAUAUUGGAGCCCGCGAGCGCAUUACGCCACUACAUGAUCCUGAAAGACGCAGAUGCGGCCUUCUCCCUCAUCCGUGAAUACCGCCUCAUCGACGCCAUCAAAACGAAUAUCUACGAUCUCCUAUUGCUGCGCGUAUCCCCCGAACAACUCUCCACUACCCCUAUUUCCACCCUCGAAGAAAACACCUCUGAAGCUAUCUCCCUCCUGGUUGCCGAGGCCAACCGUGGUAUUGUAGGCCCAUCCACAGUCGUCUCUCAGCUCUCGCCAGACUCCGUCCGCGCGGGGAAACUCUUCCUCUUCUUCUACCUCCGCCGCCUCUGGAGUGGCAGUGACAGCGCCGCAGGCACCCUCGUCGAGUUCGGGGACCUGAUGGUCACGCUGUUCGCCGAGUACGACCGCCCAUUGUUGAUGGACUUCUUAGUCAACAGUCACACUUACAGCCUGGAAAAGGCCUCCGCUGUGUGUGAGAAGCGUGCCUAUAUUCCGGAGCUGGUUCACCUGCUUUCCAAGACCGGACAGACAAAGCGUGCACUCUUCCUCAUUAUUGACAAGCUCCAUGACGUCGGUCAGGCUAUUGCAUUCGCAAAGAAUCAAGACGACCCCGACCUCUGGAAUGACUUGCUCGAGUAUAGCAUGGACAAACCUCGCUUUAUUCGGGGGCUGCUAGAGAAUGUCGGCACUGCCAUCGACCCGAUCACACUGGUGCGACGUAUACCCGCCGGUCUGGAGAUUGAGGGGCUGAAGCCGGCACUAGGAAAGAUACUCAAGGAGUAUGGCGUCCAGUGGAGCGUGUGUGAGGGAGUUGCAAAGGUCCUGCGCAGCGAGGUGGCUAGGGGCAUGGAAGAGCUACGUGGAGGGCAAAGGAGGGCUGUCAGGUUCGAGGUUAAGAGGGAUGUGGAGAUAGAGGAAGGUGGCGGCGAGGAGAGGCCACAGAAGAGGCGUGUGGAUGCGUGUGGUGAUUGCGGGGAUGUGUUCUUACCUACUGAAAAAGAAACGCUGAUCGGCUUCGCAUGUGGUCACGUCUUUCACCUCGGCUGUCUGCUCGGGCACGGGCACGAGCGGGAGCGGGAGCGCCCUGCUGCAGUCGGUGAUGAGGUAGAUGAGGCUGAGGAGGAGAUUAUGGCAAGCUUAGGCAUGGCGAGUCGCAAUGUGGGGUCGAAGGUCACACAUGCGGCGCUGAUUCGGCAGAAGGUGUCUAAGGGGUGUGUGCUGUGUGCGCAUGAGAAGGGGGAUGAUGAUUGUUUUUAG